GGGCCCCACCAUCUCCUUCCCGGCCAAGUAGAAGGCGAGAGGGAGAGGGAGAGGGAGAGGGAGAGGGAGUGAGAAUAACCCCACAUCCACAAAACAUAAUUUUCCAUCCGGCUACUGUCGUUUCUGUGAUCGGCGACCUCUCUCAAUGGCGGAACCAGGGGACACCGCGAAGAAGCAGUCACAGAAUCCACCCAAUUUCGUCACUCUCGUCCAGCUCAAAGAGCGAUGGCUGAAGAAGAAAGCGGAGGAGGAAGAAGAGAGGAUUCGGAGGCAGCAGCAGCAGGAACGGGAGAAGGAGGAGGAGGAGCGACGCCGGAAGCUCGUAGAGGCUAAGGAGGAAAAUGAGCGACGGAGGAAGCUCACUGAGGCGAAGGAGCUCUCUGGGUCGGAGGUUGUGCGGCAGAAUUUCGGAACCUCGAGUCGCUCGCGCCAAAAUCGAAACCGGAGGACGCAGGGCAACGUGGUGGCGACGGUGGGUUUCGCUGAGGUCGUUGAUGAUGGAGACAAAGAUGACGAAGAUGAGGAACGAUUGUGGAGAGUCAAAGAGGCGAAGGAGCACGCAAAGUCGGAGGCGGUACGGAAUUCCGGAACAUCCAGUCAGUGGCGCCAAAAUCGAUCCCGGGGGACGCCGGGGAACUUGGCAACAGAGGCUCGCGCUAAGGCCGUUGAUGACGGAAACGAAGACAACGAAGCCAUCAAGCUUAAGGAAGAGCGGUACAGAAGAAAGAAGGAGCUCAAGGCGUCCAAGAGGGCGAGAGAGAAGCAGAAGGUUAAGGAAGCAGGUAAGCAACCAGUGGUAUCCGAGGCUGUGAGUAUAGAGAGUGAGAGUAUGGAAGUAAUGAUGGAUUCUCAACGGAAACAUGAUAAUGUCGAGAAGCAAACCAGUAAAAGAGGAUCGGAGAAUGGAAAUGGGAAGAGUGUCCCGCCUAGGAAACCCCAGAGAAAGAACAAGGGGAAGAUUGGUAAUGUAGAGAAAAAGGGAACUAAACUGGAAAUCGAUGAGAAGUUGGGUGAGCUUUCAAUGGAAGAAGAGAGUGGUAGUUGGUUUGAAACUAGGAAUGGCGCUAGUGAUAUUGUCGAGAAGGACACAAGUAAAACAGGAGCAGAGACUGGGAAUGGGAGUGUUCCAAGUAGGAAACCCCAGAGAAAGUACAAGGUGAAUAUGGAGUUCCGAGGGAAGUUUGGUGAUGUGGAGAAAGAGGGAAGUAAAUUGAAGAUUGAGGAGAAGUUGAGCGAGCUUUUGAUUGAAGAAGAGAAAGGUGGGUUUGAGACUAAUAAUGUCGAGAAUCAAAUUAGUAAAGGAUCAGAGAUUGGGAAUGACAGUGUUCCAUCUAGGAAACCCCAGAGAAAUAGCAAGGCGGAUAUGAAGUUUGGAAGGAAGCUUGGCAAAAAUGCGGAGAAAGAGGGAAGUAAGCUGGAAUUCAAGGGAAAUUUUGGGGAGCUUUCAAUUGAAGAAGAGAGUGGUGGUUUUGAGACCAAGAAUGGCAUUACUGAUGGAGAUCAGAGUUUUCCAUCUAGGAAGCCUCAGAGAAAGAGCAAGUUGAAUAUGGAGUUUCGAAGGAAAGUGGGCAAAAAUGUGGAGCAGGAGGAAAGUAAACUGGAGAUCAAGGGAAACUUAGAGGAGCUAUCAAUUGAAGAAGAGAAUGGUGAGUGUGAGACUAAGAAGGGUGUUAGUGAGGUGAAGCAUGGUAGAGGUCGUGGAAGAUUGAAUCUCUCUGAACGUCAGAAUGAUGAGUGUAAAGAAAGAAGCUAUAGGAUAUUUAAUGGUUCGAGAGGAAGGAGGAAUGUUCGCGGUGGUAGAGUUUAUCAGAAUGAAAGGAUGCGAGGUUAUAAUAGAGAUUGCGAGCUUGGAGUUUGGGUAAGGAAAGGAGACGUUGCUGGUCCUGGUGUUGAGAGCACUGUGAAGAGUUCAAAUGUUCUGUUGCAGGAUACAAGCAUUUAACAAAUGGUAUUGAUUUACAUACACUUUUUUCCUUUAUCCAGCUGCAAAUAGGUUGUGUGUUGCCUUUGCUUCACUCUAAAAUUGGCUCUGCAUGCUAGUAUAUAGAAGUAAGGAAAGAAUUAAGCUUGCUGUGGUCCAUUAUACUUAUAUUUAAGAAAAUACCACAAUUAUAGCAACUGGCUUGUCUGUUUUAGAUGAGCAUGUUGCAGAUUCUCAUUUUUGUAUUUUAUGCCACUUAGCUUAGGAACAUGAAAAGAGCUGGCUGCAUUCUGUAGAAGUCAAGUCAUAAAUAGUUGCACCUAGUUGGUUGGUACUGGGAUAUUUCCUCAAGCAUUUAGUGGGGUUGCCGGUAUAAUUGUAGACUAUGUGCUACUUGAGACUUAACGAGACUGAAGCUGAAGCUCUUUUCCAUGUUGAGGCACCUACAGCUUCACUUAUGAGCAUGUGAUUAGUCCAUAAGCAGCAUUAUAUUACUUUCUUAUGUGGGCUCUGCUCUAAUAAAAUUGGGAUCUGGUUUCUUGUGACGUCUGGGGUAAGAGAAUUAUUGUUCUUAUGUACCUGGUUUACUUUUUAGCGGUUUCUAACCUAUGAAGCAUGGAAGAGCUUGUGAGUCUCUACAACUGAUUACCAUGUGUAAUUUGAAUGAUUGGCCGUCCAGUUAGUAUCUGUCCGAUCUUGUGCUUCGUUGAAUCUAGGGCAAGUUGGUAGCUUGGCAAGGAGUUGGCAAAUUUCUGUUUUAUAUGGAUACAUACAGUUAAGAGGGUCUCUUUUUGGCUGAAUCAACCACGUUUAUAAUAUGAGGUCUCAUCUGCAUCUAGUUUUGAUGGAGGUUAUAGAGUAUCACUCUACUAUGCAUGUAUGCGGGAUGUGAGAGCAGCUUGAUUUGUGUCGAAUGAUGAGCCCUGCUCCGUAGUUAGUAAUUACCAAUGGGCAGUUACCAUGUUGAUUGAGCUACUUCCAAUCCGAAUCCGUGAAAGGAUGCUGGAACCUGUGUUUGACCAUGUUGCUUUUAACAUAAUCUUCAAUGCAGGUUAGACUGCAAAUGGCUGGCUAGAGAAGGAGAACUAGUAGCAGAUGGGACAUGCAAAUGAGGAAUUGUAGAAGUGUGAAUAUAAGAAGAAAGGAGCUAAUGGAAUAGGAAAGUAGAACAGUUCUAGUCAUAUCAGACUCGAAGGGAAACCUUCGAUGAAGUACUUGGUUUUGAUGAUCAAAAUCUCAGGAAUAACGAUUUUUUUUUGCCUAAUCAGCCAUUUGUUUAAUCACAUUCUUUUGUGCUGUAACCCUCGAAUCUCGUCUUGUCUUCCAGGUCCAUGGCUGAAUAUGAUUGUGAUGCUGAACAUUAUUGCUCCAUUUAAACUGAAUCUCUUGAAUGCGAUGUUGAUUGUUGAAUGAACAUUAUUGCUUAAAUCAAAUUUAGCUCCUGGCCUAUUGGAAGGCUGGUCGUUGACUAAUUUGUUAUAACUUAUAAUUUAAUGGGAUUUGGAUCCUUGGGCUGAAGCCUAAGGAGCGUUUGGCACUAACACCAGGAAAGGAAAGCCUCGUAUUGUCAAACAGCAUUGAUGAAGGGUCGCCGCCUCGCCGGUAGGUUGGGUGUGUGUAUGAAGAACAGCUAAGCAAGUGUAUGAAGAAGGGAAACGAAAAUGAAAUUUUAAAAAUAAC